AGCUCCCCCAGUUGGGGCACCGUCCUCGGCCGCCGUGCCCUUUGUGUGUCGCAGGCUCAUGUCGGAGGUAGAUGACGAGUCGCUCUACUCGUUCGGGAGCGGGCAGCCCGAUGAUACGAGAGCAGCGGACAGUACCAGCUACUCGACGGAAUGGGCCCCGCUGCCCGCAAGCGGCGGCGCCUCGCCCCGCGCGCGCUCGCCGCGCUCCGACGGGGCCUCGACGACCGCCGCGCUGUCCUUUUCGACGGCGGCGGUCUCCGCCGACGCCGCGCUCGACGACGUGGAUGAAGUCGAGAGCGUCGCGGCGCCCGGCGACGACGAGCCGCCGCCGGUAGAAGAGGAGGAGGAGGAGGACAUCCUCGAUCGCCUGCGGCGCGGGGCGGCGGCGAUCCAGGCGCGGCGCGGCGCGGACGACGCGGCCGACGACGCGGUCGAUGCGCCUGUAGACGAAGAGCCAGCGGAGGAGGCGGGGGAGGAGGACAUCCUCGACCGGCUGCGCCGCGAGCAGGCGCCGCUCCAGGCGCGCUCCCCAGCGGACGACGCGGGCGACGCGCUGCUCACCGUCGCGCACCUCGGCAACUGGUCGGGCGCCGCGGACGAGGCGGCGCCGCCGGCGUCUCAGAGCCCGCGCGCCGACGACGCGGCCUCGCUCUCCGACGACGGCACCGGGGCGUCGGCCUCCUACUCGGCGGACUUCCUGCCGGAGCCGGACCGCGCCGACGACGCGCCCCCGUCCGACGACGGCCGCGAGGAGACGCCGGCGCAGAGCCCGCGCGCGAGCGACUACUCCGACGACUUCGCGCCCGCCGCCGGCGGCUUUCAAACGCCGGCGCUGCUCACGGUCGCGGACCUCGGCGACUGGUCGGGCGCCGCCGAGGACGCGGCGCCGGCGCCCCAGCCGCCAUCGUCACCUUCAGAAGCCUCGGAAGCCUCGGAGGCGGCCGCGGCGCAGGCGCGCCGCUGGUCCAUCGGCGAGGACGCGGCGUCGUCGUCGUCGUCGCGUGACAAGACGCCCCCGGCGACGCCGCCGCGCGACGACUCAUCCUACGAGGACGACUUCGCGCCGGAUACCGCCUCCCCACGCAUCUCCCAAGAAGGGGACGAGGAGCCGCGGAGCCCGGGCACGACGGGCCUCGCCGUCGGCACGCUCGUCGAGGCGAUCUACGGCGACACGGACGAGUGGUUUCCGGGAACUAUAGAGGCGGCCAACGCCGACGGCACCUACGCGGUCGCCUACGACGACGGCGACCGCGAGCCGCGCGUCGACGCCGCCUUCGUGCGCGUCGUCCUCCACGGCGGCGCAUCGUCGUCGUCGUCGUCGGGGAGCUCCUACGCGACGACGAGCGACGACGAAGCCUCCGGAGCCUACGCGACGACGACGAGCGGCGACGAGGACGAAGAGGUCUCGGCCUCGGCCGCGUCGUCGGCGUCGAGCCCGCGGCGAGCCGAUUCGGAGUACUCGGAGGACUUCGCCGCCGACGACGACGCCGCGCGGCCCAUCGACGAGGUCGUGCUCGGCGCGCAGCGCGUCGGUCCCCGCGCGCCGGCGGCGACGCGCGACGACGCGGCGGCAGCGGCGGCCUCGGCGGCGGCGACGCAGCGGGCGCUCGCGCGCGUCGAGGCGUCCUACGAGAAUGACGACUUCGAGCUCCCGGACGCGCCGGACUUCGUCCGGCAGCUUGCGAUUGGCGUCGGGCAACGAAUCGGCACGGGGCGUAUGCCUCCCGCGCCGCCGCCUGAGCGACGUGUUGCCCUCGACGCGCGGACGACCCGCAGCUUGGCGGCGCGCGUGCGCGAGCGGCAGGUGCCGGAACCCGUCUGCCGCUACGCACGCCGCGUCGCGGCCCAGCUGCGCGGGGAGCGGCGGCCACGGCGCGCCGCACCGCGGGCGGCGCGGUCACGUUUCCACGCGACGCCGGCGGCGCUCGACCGCGUCAAGAUCAAAGCCUCGCUGGCGCUGCUGCGGACGACGCACGACCGCGUGAACAGCGAGGCGCUCGCGGCCUUCGAGGCGUCGCUGCCGGGCGGGCCCAUCCGCGAGGACGACCCGGCCACUAAGCAGAGGCGCCUGGCGGGCCGCCUACGAGCCGACGCGGCGCAGAGGUAUGUGGAAUCGGACGAGUUCUACGCGCGGAGCGCUUUGUUAGGCGACGGCUUCGCAAUGCUAGGGGAGUCCAUGGCCGAAGCCACGGCCGAACACCGGCGCCGGACCGAGGAGCGCGACGCAUCGAGAGCGCUGUCGAUCACGAGGAAUUCUUCGAGCCCGCUCGACGAGGCCGUCGCGACGAUGGACGAGACGCGGGAGAACGUCGCAUCCUACAUGGCCGACGUCGCCGCGGACCCGAAGCGGGCGGCGUUCCGCGACGAGGUCCUGCGCAUGCUGCACCGCGGAGAGGAGCUGCGGGACUUCGGGUUGGCGCCGUACCGGCUGGGGGCGACGGUGCCGGGGGUGUUUGUCUCCUGA